CCAGCUUUUGUAUCAAUCCUGCUGAUUUGCCAUGUACGUGCUGUUUUGGCACGAAUCUGAUUGUACCUGGAAUCGAGCAUAGUGUUAUUAGUAGCGUCACGACCUACGUUGAGCAUCGGAUCGGAAGGAGCAGAAGUGUCCUUCCUUCGUGCACGAUUUCACUUCUGCUACUACUAUUACCUGCCUCCAUCGCCCGAGCUACCAUGCUCUCGUGUUGCUGUAAAUGAGCAGCCACGGGACUCGAAAGACCUCAGUUACUUGGGCCUCGAGGUCCGAGGUCUUGCUUAGCACCGAUGAGUAAAGCUCAUCCGCUGUGCAACAUGGAGAUGAAUCGUUCACCCGCAUGUUGGGAUGCGGACAUGCGAUCAGAAGCUUUCUGAGACGAGGGAGAUUUUAUCUACAAAGAAUCUGGAUCAGCAGGGGAGGCUCGGCCUGCUACGGACAUGCGCGUGGCGGGCGAGCUAGCUGAACAGGCCCUACCGAAUGGAGUCACUCGGGGAGAAGCAUCACCUGAUGUAUGUGUUGCCCGGCAUCAAGAAGAACCAGCGUCCAGUGUCAGGGCGUCUUUUGCAGGUGCACAGUCGAAAGCGCACAAUCGAGUGUCCCAUUCAAGUCGGUUCAUGCUUUGCACAGGCCCCAAUCGAGCGACGGGGCUGCAAGUUUGCAUCACCGUACAUCAUAAAGCUUCGAGCAGCCAAUGGAGAGUUGCAUCGGCUUCGACUCUGGAAUCCUGCUGCUGCUGAGAUCGUUCACCUGUGUACCUCCGAUCAGCACAAGCAGAGCAGCCCGGUAGGAGCCCAAGCUGCCAGUCACUCGCACUCUCACUCUCGUCGGCCAAGCACGUGAGAGGUUCACAGUCUAAUCUACCGCUGUCUGUCGUUUGUCGAGCAUCAGGAUCCGAGAAGCUCACACACAUGUGCUGGAGUUUGAGUACAGUAUUCGAAAGCACGAUAACUGUAAGUGAGUGCCUAUGGCCAAGAACAGCGUCGUAGUUUUCUGACUGAGCUGGGCCCGAGGAUGGUGGUACCCAAGUCGUAGGUGGUGCAGCAUUCAUGAAUCCAGCGCUGUUGUACUCUCCGUGCAAAGGUAAACGGCAUAUCAAAUAAUGGAUUCAAGCUUCGCCUGUUCACAGACCUCGCUCCGGCAAUGAAUGUGUCGAGAGGAUCUGGGAAUUAUGAGGUCUGAACGUGAAGACAAGCAUUGAUGGGGAGACAAGAUAGUCCAGCAACAGUUUGACAGGUGCUUUGCUUUGGCACUGUGGGACUCCAGGUCCUCGAUGAGAGGCAAGAAUUUGUCUGUUCACCAUCACGCGAACACCUGACGAUUGCCAACUGGGCUCGUUCUCUGCAGUUCCUUCGUUGUGAAACUCCUCGUGCGAGCCACUCAUACACUCUCCUCAUUGACUCGGACGAUGCUCCCACUGUAGAGCUUACGGCAUCAUUGCCUCCGACACUUCCCUGUGCGUCGUUUAUUGGCCACACUUCCAGACGCAUCCUGUUCUUCGGUUCAACUUGCUGCGAUCGGUUUGAAAGUUGUCAGCCUUGAUCAUUUCAAUUUUGAUCGAUCAAAUUUUCAGGCUUCUCGCACAUUCCUCAGGACAACUGCUGGCAGUGUCUCGUCACUCUAUACUGAGAGCUGAGCUGCUAGCGUCCCGCUGGAAGUGGGACUCUCGCUAUCUCGUGUAGUGCUUUCACCACCCAUUUAUCCGACCUACACUUCUUCAUCGAAGACUCGUCCCUCCAUUCGAAAGGGCUGCGUCGCUAUUGAUCGUAACAACCUAUAUCAAAGGAAGUUGUUCAAAUUGCUAAAGUGUGUAUAAAGCAGUACUUUCAAUGCGUAUCAGCUUUCCAAAUGUCUCGUGUUGGUUCGCAAAGCAGGAAAUCGGGCGAUACCCAGCGACUCACACUCCGAUUAUUUUUAUGUACUUCAUCCCGUUUCAAUCACCGUGGAAAGUAUCUCCCUCGAUUCUGCGGUAGCUUGGAUACAAAAUAUUUAUUUCCACUUUAUAUCCUCACGAGGGCAUGUUCCCAAGAAGCCGCUACUGCUAUACACCAAUCAUUGGAAGCAAGGACAUUUGCCCCUUCGGUUUCAUCUUGGCGACUUGAUGGGAUCUUCCAAUCCUUUUAGCUGUAUUACUUAGCGACUUGAUGGGAUCUUCCAAUCCUUUUAGCUGUAUUACU